CAGCUCCCAUUAGCCCGCCGCUCCACGCGCUGCAUGGAGCGCAACCCGAGCAGACGCUCAGAGCCGCUCGUUCAGCCCAACGGCCGAAGACACCGUCAGCUACGAUCAUGUUAUUGCGGCACUGACAGCUCAACCUGAAACGGCACAAUGCGGGAUUUCCCGUAGACACACCCCCGCUUUUUUCCCCAUUUUCCAGCCACCGGAAUCGGCGUUUUACUGACCAACAUGCGUCCGUGAACUCGUCGCGAGCUUCUGUGCGGGUGGAGUAUCUGUCAGUGAUAGCAGAUGUAAUGCACGCCUAAGAAGGAGCUCAUCAUUGUUUGAGGGAAGCUGCAGAGAAAGGAAGUGAAUCCCCUGCUCCACGCCCUGUCGGUGCCAUCAGUACCUGAAACAUGUCCCCUCCAGCGUCGGCCGCGACAGCGAGUGAAAGCAGUGCGACCACUGUUUUGGAGGAGGACGCCAGACAGGAGCAGCAACGACCCCUGAAACAAUCGCUGAGCAAGUCUCUAUGUCGAGAGAGUUUCUGGAAAUGCCUACUUCUGUCCAUUCUCAUGUAUGGCUGCAUGGGAGCCAUGGUUUGGUGUCACGUUACCAAGGUGACCCGCCUCACUUUUGACAGCGCAUUCAAAGGGAAAUCCAUGAUGUACCACGACAGCCCCUGCUCUGAUGGCUACAUCUACAUCCCCCUGGCGCUGCUGGGCAUGCUCUAUCUGGUGUAUCUGGUGGAGUGCUGGCACUGUCACGUCAAGAACGAGCUGCAGCACAAAGUGGAUGUGGAGGGGAUCUCCGAGCGCAUCCAGAGGAUGCAGGAAGCCAAACCCUGCAUUUGGUGGAAGGCCAUCAGCUACCACUACGUCCGCCGAACUCGACAAGUCACGCGCUACCGCAACGGGGACGCUUACACCAGUACUCAGGUUUACCAUGAGCGCGUCAACACGCACGUGGCUGAAGCCGAGUUUGACUAUACUCACUGUGGCGUCAAGGACGUUUCAAAACAGCUGCUGGCCUUGGAGAAAUCAGCUCUGACCAAGAUGCGGUUCACAAAGUGCUUUAGCUUUGCCAACGUAGAGUCAGAAAACUCCUACCUUACACAGCGGGCACGGUUCUUCACUGAUAAUGAGGGUCUUGAUGACUACAUGGAAGCCAGAGAGGGCAUGCACCUGAAGAACAUUGAGUUAAAGGAGUAUGUGAUGGUGCUGUCUGACCCGGAUCGCCACCCCUGGUACCUGUCCCAGUACGUCUUCUGGGCUGCCUCAUUCCUCACGUUCUCCUGGCCUCUCAGAGUCUUCACCGAGUAUCGCACUGCGUACGUCCACUAUCGUGUAGAGAAGCUCUUCGGGCACGAUUAUCUCCCCGUGACCCCGUGUGACGAUCGACCGUAUUGGCGCCGCAUCCCUCGCGUUAACACCAUCGACAGCACAGAACUGGAGUGGCACAUUCGGUCCAACCAGCAACUGGUGCCCAGCUACUCCGAGGCCGGCCUGAUGGACCUGGCCCAGUGCCCUUCCAGCUUUAACGGGAUCCGUCAGAACUGUGAGCGCUGCCACAGAGCCGUCAGCUGCUCCUCCGUGUUCUCCAGGAGCGCCCUCAGCAUCUGCACGGGCGCCAGCUCCCGCAUCCCCUUCAGCGGAAGCCGCUUCUCGCUCGCGAGGCGCUACGGGUCCCAGCGGAGCUGCUUCUGGAGGAGCGGCAGCCUGGAUGACCAGGAGAGCCCCAGCGAAAACACCCGCUGCCUGUCAGAGCGUUUCACCACGGAUGAAGAAGAGCCCCCAGACUACGAAGACGCCCUCUGCUACCCGGUGCUAAUUGUCCACUGCAGCGAGAAUUGCCACAACCACAGGUCUUUCCACAGAAAUGGCUCAUGUGUGGAGACUUCCUUAUGACUAUGCAGCGACUGACAACAACUGUGGCAUAUGUGUAGCAGACAAACACAACUUCAUGCUGUACUGUUAAACUAAAAAAAACAAAUACCUGAAUCCUGAAUGUGUGAGUCACCAAAGCAAUAACAAUGAUUUGAUGGUUAGAGGACAACAAGAACAUCUGCUCUGCGUCUAUUAGAAACCAAGAUUGUUAGGCCACCCAUAAUUGACACAGCUUUUAGGGUCUCAAACUGUCUGUACAGUAGAUAAAACCUCAUAAGACCAAGAACCCAAUGGACGGAUCAGUCAUCACAAAAACUGAGUCAUUCAAACAAACAGAUAAGACAAGACUAGAGAAAGGCAGGUGCUGUUGGUGAGCUUCGUUAUAUUUCCAUGUGAAGAAUAGUCAGGAGAAGUUUCUUCUAGUUUAUCCUGAUCUUAAUUAUAGCAAUAACCGUACACACCUUUCAUACAUAUGAAAACAAGUAUUUCUGCUUAUGCAUUUUACAAUGAGACUGUUUUUUUUACAGAAACCUCAAACUCAAAGGAUAAAAGGACUCUUCACCACUUAUAGAACUGUUGUUUUAGAUUUUUGAUCGUUUUCAUUUCCUAAAUUGAAUUGUUCAAUUAAUAAUAUAAAAGUGUAAAAUUUACUUUUUUGAUACACCUACUCUUUUCAACAUGUUUCAUCUAUAUCAGCGUGUGACAAACGUCUGAUCAAUUUAUGCUGUAAUACAGACUUGGAGUAUUUGGUUUAACAGAUAACAAACACAGCUGCCAUUGAGUUGGACCGGUUGGUGCUAUGUGGCAGCUCCAGUGUCGACAUUGUCUGCAGGGAGAUAAGAAACCACAAACAGAGUCGCUAGGAUUUAACAGUGCUGAGAAACCCAGACAUUCUGGAGCAAUAUAACUGUGAAUUCAUGAGUCAUCAGAAACACACUGAACGAAUCUUCAGCAGCUAUGGAAGAAACGCAUCCUUCUGUAAUUCCAUAAGUCACAUCAUAAGAAAAGAAAACACUGGUCAAGUAGGAAAACAUCCUGACCAGAAUGAAUCUGAAUGUAAACCACCAGCAAAUUAGUUUGUAGUGUGUGUCUGUUAUACAUCUAUCUGAAAUGAAUACUGCUAUAUUUUAAAUUUUAAAUUAAACAGUGAUUUCACAGGAUGGGCUUAAAGGGUCAAAAGGGCAAAGCACACGCCAGGGUCUCAUCUCAAUUUCUCAGACUGGGGCUCUGCAUGUUGUUGUGUGAAUUAUAUGAAGGACUCUUUUAUCAAUUGAUAAAUAAUAUUAUAUGCAAGGAUGUAAAUGCACACAUUUACAUUGCGAUAUCAUAAAAACCUAAUACUGACAUUUUUAUAACAUCAGGACUAUUGUAUGCAUUUGUUGCUGUUAUCUUGUUUUCAGCGUAUUGAUACCAGUAUUAUGCACUUGAAGUUACACUGUAGACAUUAAGAAUUGUGGUGAAGAUGAAUGUUGAUGUAAAUUCUUUUAAUGUAAUAAAAAGUAUUAAGCAGAAAGUAAAAAACAACUUGAUGGCAUUUAAAACCUCUGUCUCAUUUGUAAUGUCUAAAUAAAUAAUAUGAUUACAUGGGUUGUGCAAGUAACUAUAUGUACUCAAAUUUAUCAUAUGCUGGAAAAAAUCAAAGUUGCAAUAAAUGUCUGGGAAUAACUGUUGCAUAGUAAACACAUGUUCUUAAAUUGGAUGUAAAAACUAGCUGGGAAAAUCCAAGUGGUGUAAGACUGUUUGUGCAAAGAGUCCAGUCGUUUGGUAUAUACUUUAUUCAUUAUUUUAAUUAUUGGUGUUUCUUUGACUUUAAAUUUGACUAAUGAACUUUGAUUGCAGAUUGCUACAAUACUCGAAUAAGCCUUUAUGGUCCUUUAAUUUCAAUUAUGUCUAGCUGCUGGUGUAGAGCAAUCAGGCUAAAUACAGAAACGAGUGAGCAAUGAUCGCACCAAUAAAAUGGGCAAAUGAAAUAUAAAAUAUGGAACAUUGUCUUCAGUUUUGUGUCUAAAUGUAAAAUAAUAAAUAAAGAACGGCUGGAAUUUUUUUUUA